AGGCACUUUUUGUUGGUUUCAGGAUUCUGGAUUCCCAAUGAAGUUGUUGGUGAAAUAAUUUACUAGAAUGAUUAACUGUACUUUGUUUACUUGAAGUUAUUAAAUAUUUUAAACCAUUAUAACAUUUAUGGACUGGUGAAAGAGUGAAAUUGUUGAAAAUAAGCGGACGCUAGUGCAAAAGUUCGUAUCCCUACCAGUCUCUACGAUACCAGCCUCAAGUGGAAAUUCUGUAAAUUUGUGAAAGUAAAAAAUGGAGAUUCCUCCAUCUUUUCAUCAACUUCCAGCUGACCCUAAAUUCGUCGAUCAAAUCGUUAACCAGAUUAAGUCACAAGGUACUUUUGAUCAGUGGAGGCGAGAAUGUUUAGCUGAUGUGGAUACCAAGCCAGCCUACCAAAACCUGACCUUUCGAGUUGACAGUGCUGUUGCAGCAUUUUUAGGCAAACAACGAUGGAGGCCAGAUAUGGCAAAAAACCAAGUCAGGGAGAAUUUGAGAAAGCACAUCUUGGAACUGGGAUUAAUUGACAAAGGAGUGGACAGAAUUGUCCAACAAGUGGUUCAGCCUAAGGUGCUCCCUGUAUUCCACCCAGCAGUAGAAAAUGCUAUUUACAAUUUCCUUGGCAUACAAAACCCUCGUGCUGGAAAGAGUAAUCAGACUCCUGACACCAGUGUAAACAUAAGUUCCCCCAGAAAAACCUUCCGUCCAAUGCCUGUUUCCAUCCCAAGUAGAGAUAAGGAAGACUGCACACCUCCACCUGGAGAGGAAUUUGAUCUCGAAGCUAUAACACCAUCACCCGAAUCGAGAUGUCAGUCCAGCUUGAAGAAAGAUCUUGCCGAAGAUAUGAGUGACGUCAGCAUGGAAGACAGCCGACCAGCCCCCGAGGCUGGCCUAGAACGUAUUUGUAGCCCUAUAUCGCCACAGAGUAGCAGAGACAGUGUUAAGGUCGAAGAUGCAGAGGAGCCUAUUAGGAAUCGAGUUGGCUCAGCACUCUCGGCUAUAAGUUCUGGUGAUGAUCUUCCGUCUGAAUCACCUGCAGUACCUUCGCCAAUUACUUCAGAGGAGUUCCACGACAAUAAUAAUCCUCCAGAAGAUCAACCGCAGAACUCUCCAUCGAGCAGUGAUGACAACGACGAAGACAUGGAGGAUGAUGACGAAGACGAUUUUUCUAGUCCCGAAUUUGAGAAGAUUGAAAUCAACGCACCGACCAGCCGAUCGGUGACACCUAUUCCGGGCGAGGAAGAGCCCGAAGAAAAACAUGAUAACGGUUCGACGAUCGACGAUCACUACUCCUGGCGGCCCAAAACAGAUGGCCGCGAUCCUGAUCGGAAGCCGGAUGAAGAUCCCGGCGAUUUAAAUUCUAAGAAAGCAGGGGAGUCAUCAAAUCAGCCUACUUCCCUCAGAAGUCAGCCGUCGGAAAGUGGAAGCAAACCGACAGGAGAGGUGGCAAUCUCUGAUUCGGGGAAACCCACUACAAUAGCGGCAUCGACAACACCGACGGAAUCUUUUGAAACAGAAAAAACUACUCAAGAGGCAGGAAUCGACGCUUCCGCUUCCUCCUCAUCCAAAGAACGAAGCCGCUCGAAAUCCGAAUCACGCAAGUCGGAUCGUAGAGAAAAAUCAAGCAAAGAUCGAGACAGGGAUCGCGAUCGGGAUCGACAAAGAGAUCGGGAUCGAGAGAAGAGACGCGAACGUGAAAAACGUGAGGAAUCUGACCGUCGAAACAAAUCUCAUCACUCUAAAUCUGGACACAAAGAUCGAGAUGAAAGGAGGAGAUCUUCGUCACACCGGGAUAAAGAUCGCGAUAGGCACAGAGAAAAAGAACGCGAUCGCAAUCGCUCGAAAUCAAAUCACGAAUCUGAUCGAUACCGAUCGAGUUCGCACAAAGACAGAGACAGAAAAUCAAGUGAUCGAGCAGCGGAUAAAAGCCUAAGAGAGUCGUCGAUUUCUCCCCUGCCAGGGCUGCACCCCAAGGCCUACUUGUGGAAAAGGCCAGAAGAAAAACCCACAGCUCUGUGGGAUUACUUGGCACGAUUUCCCGAAGAAGUCUUUGACGAAAUGUGCGAUACAAAUGCUGGGCUGUCUGACGUCUCCGUGUCGUCCGUGUCCUCCUACGAAGAUUCGGAUUGCGAAUCCAUUCUGCUCUACUUGUCAGAAGUGGAAGUCGAUUCAGAGGUGGAAAAGGCUGUCGUUCAUUCGGGUGGGCGUGUCGUCUAUCGAGACGAUGAAGACAUUGAAGAAGCUAAAAAUGGCGCCGAAUCAGAUCUCACCCCGGCUUCGGAAGAGUUCACUCCAUCCGAGUCGUGUUUAAGAGACCAGCAAUUGAACAUUAACAACAACAAGCGAGUGCGGAAGCUCAACACGCGAUAUAGCGAUAGCUACGUCGGUUCUGAAUUGCGCAAGAUCAUAACGACGCAGAAUUCGGCGGACCACCCCCAACGUAGCCCGCGGCUCAACAACAAUACGAAACCUUUGCCAAAGGAGAACCAAGAAAAUUGCAUUCAAGUCCCAUCGUCGGAAGUAAUUCAGGAGGGUGAAGAAGUUGUUGACUAUCAGCCGCCCGACGCCAAACGACUCAAGGCUGAACAACCUCUGCCUUCAAGCCCGGAAAGCGUCCAGUCAGAUUUGACACACCCUGCUCAUGUUCUACCUUCCUCUCCACCUCCCGCCGACGUCCAAUCCGCUGCGGAAGAAGACGCCGGCAAGGACAUCAUUUCACCCAAUGGCCGCCGGAGAUCCACGGCAUUGAAGCAACCACAACAACGUUAUGACGAUGCUGAUUUGUACAAACCACGUCCCGUCAUCACACCUAGCAGCCGCCGUUCCCGUCGCCACGACGACUCCUGAUGACUUAACGCAAAUAUUUAACUACUUAUGCAAUUUUCCUAUUUUCCCCCACAAAUCCUAACGAUGAUACGAUCUGUUAUACGACUCAAAUCAUCUCUCUUUCAAAUUUCAUUUCAUAGAGAUGUAGAACUGUCAUCAAUACAUUUUCCUUUUUUUUUUAUAACCUAA